GCCACGCCGUCCCCGCCCCGCCUCGCGCCUCGCGGCUCCAGUGAGCGCCCGGCGGGGCGUGCGCGCCCCUCCCUCCGCUCUCCCUCCCUCCCUCUCUCCCUCCGCCCCUCGCUCUCUCCGCCCGCCGUGAGGGCGGGAGGGAAGCGGCAGCCCCGAGCGGGAGGCGAGGGAGGCGGCGCGCCGGGAGCCAUGCGGGAGUACAAGGUGGUGGUGCUGGGCUCAGGCGGCGUGGGCAAAUCCGCCCUCACUGUCCAGUUCGUGACGGGCUCCUUCAUCGAGAAGUAUGACCCCACCAUCGAGGACUUCUACCGCAAGGAGAUCGAGGUGGACUCCUCGCCGUCGGUGCUGGAGAUCCUGGACACGGCGGGCACGGAGCAGUUCGCCUCCAUGCGGGACCUCUACAUCAAGAACGGGCAGGGCUUUAUCCUGGUCUACAGCCUGGUGAACCAGCAGAGCUUCCAGGACAUCAAGCCCAUGCGGGACCAGAUCAUCCGGGUGAAGAGGUACGAGAGGGUGCCCAUGAUCCUGGUGGGCAACAAGGUGGACCUGGAGGGCGAGCGGGAGGUCUCCUUCGGGGAGGGCAAAGCCCUGGCCGAGGAGUGGAGCUGCCCCUUCAUGGAGACCUCGGCCAAAAACAAAGCCUCGGUGGACGAGCUCUUCGCGGAGAUCGUCAGGCAGAUGAACUACGCCUCUCAGCCCAACGGGGACGAGCAGUGCUGCUCCUCCUGCGCCAUCCUCUGAGGGCGGCGGCGGCCCGGGGCUGUCUGCGGGGACACGGCGGGAGCGGCGGGGAGAGGAGGCGGGAGCGGCUCGGCGCCCCGGCCGGCGCAAGCCGCGGGGCGGGCGCUGUCUUCGGCAGCCGCCGAAAACAAACCCCUCUACACACGCCAAAACCCGGGGGGUGGGGAAAAAAACCGUGUUGGAAAUGUGGCUUUUUUCGGCAUGUACGUUUCGUCCAGUCUCGGUCGUAUUUCCUGUCAGUGUGUGCCGCGGGCUGCCGCGGGCGCGGGGAGGAGGAAGAAGCGGCGGCGCGGAACCGGCCCCGCGCGCCGAGAGCAGCGCAGCCCGCCCGGGACCGGCGCGAGGAGACCCGGCGGCGAGGACACCCCCCCCCCGCCCCUCCGAACCCCCCCCGCUCCGCCCCCCGCGCCGGGGGCACGCGCGGGGCGCCCGCUGCCGGCCCCGGCAUCUCUAUGCAAAGCGAGGCGGCCGCGCCGGGCCCCGCCGGGACUGGGACUCGCUUCACCACUGGUGCCAGGGCAGCGCGGGGGCCGCGGAGCGGCUGCUGAGGACUCGUGAAACCAUUCUCUAUUUUGUUUACCUGCUGUAUCGGAUGGGAGUUUGCAGGAGAGUGGUAGCGUGUUGGGCAUAUCAUGAUUGUUGUUUGGUUUGUUGGUUUGUUUUUUUUUUCUUUUAAUCAGCUGUGAAAAUGUUACAAAUCUGCACAAUUUUGUAGGUGUGCGUGUGUGUGUGUGAUUUCGGUUUUGUUUCAGUUUUGCUUUGGCGGGUGGGAGCGGUGAUGUGGUUUUCAUUUUUGGUUCCGAGGGUUUUUCUUUUUUGGGUUGGCAAUAACUGAUUUUGAUGACUAGCUCUCUAAAGUGCAAAGACUUCCUACCGGUGAUGCAGGGCCAACAGCAGCCCUGUGUCCAUAGAGUGCCUUCAAAACUCAGCUGUUCCAGCCGGUGCCAACCUGUGAAAGCUCCACAGAAUCCCAUUAUCUACUACUCCAAAAACUACUUAACAGUUUCCUUGCAGUAAUCAUACCGAACAAGCCAGGACAAAAGGGCCUAUUGUUAGUGGAAUUUACUUCUUACUUCCAUCUGAGCCUUUUAACAGUAAUUUCCACGUCUUGCAAGUUUGGGCUUCAUUUACUUCAAAUUUACAAGAAUUUAGCCUUUUGGGAUUUUGAGGGGGUGGGUUUUUACCUUUAUGGUUGGUUUUUUUGCUCUUUAGUUUUGUUGUGGGGUUGUACCUCCAGCCAGCAAAGAAGGAAAUCUCAUUGUUUUGAUGUACCAAGAAAAUUCUAACAACUGUCAUCUUAAUUCCAGACAUGCAUUUGAGAGUGUCUGUCCAUUUUAAGAAUUUUAAUACAAAAUGCUGUUUUUUAGAAAACCACUUUGUGCGCUUUUAUGUAUUAUGUGAAACACUAACGUUCACUUAGACUGUCAGUCCUGGUCUGUAUCUUCAUAGAGGUGAAAGGCAUGGGGGGAAUGUGUUGAUUUAGCUAAGAACAGUGGUUUAACAGAAAAAAAAAAACCAAGACAAACCACCAGACUGCUAUUUUGGCUAUCUUUAGUGAUUUUUAAUAGAGUUUUUAAUUUGUGUUUAGAUCCUGACCCUGUGUGAUGCCAGCAUGCGAGUGGAAUGCUGUGUUCAGUAGGCAGCUUUAGGCAGGUAAUGUGGCUUUCAUGCAAAAGGCCUUGUGAGAUUAGGUCCUUACUCUUUGCUGGGAGCAUCAGGGCUUAUUGGGGUAAAAUUCUAAAGGUUGGUUGUUUAUAAAAUGUAAGCUUUUCCUCUCAUUGCAUGAUAACUCUUUAAAAUUAUGCAUCAGACCAUUAUUUCUUGCCUGCUUCACAGAGGGAUUAGGGCAGGAGGAGACCUGUACCUUCUGUCAUGUGGAAGAUCUAGGGAGCUUGCUUAACUCCAUUGGCUUCCUCUUAGCCCCUUCUUUAAAGAUUAGCACACAAAGCCUCCAACUUUUGGUUUUUUAAAAAAAUGUCCUCCCCUCAUCCCAAGAUGACUUGAAAUUAUCUCACAGCAUGCAAACAAAAACUGAGCAAUGAUCUGUAAAGGGGUUUUUUAUCAGGCUGACUGAAAACUAGCUGCUGCUAUUUCUACCAUGAGUCUGGUAGUGCCUUCUGUUUUAAGUAGGAAAUCUUUCUACUUCACCACUGGAAGAACAGUGUUUAGUAUUAGCUUGAUCCUGUGUGUUGAAAUCCCAGUGAUAAUCUUGUGGUUUCAUUGAAGGUGGGAUACUUCUAGAAAUACCCAGUAUCUACUGAAAAUUUGGAAGAGAUUGUGUGCUUUGUUGUUGAACUUAUCUCUUCUCCUGAGCCUCAAGUGUAUCCCUCAAAACAGUGAGCGCCUGUUUAAUACAGUCAGUCAGAUUGUAUCAGUCAGACUGACACGAUCACGGUUGAAAACCAAGAGGGUUGGAGAAGACAGCCCUAGUCAUUGUUCUUCAAGAUCUGCUUGGGGCCUUCAAGUAACAGGCACGUUGAUCCAGCCACCGCCCCGUUUAAGUGAAAGCUGGAAACCCCUUUGCAGCUUGUCUUUCAGAAAUGUCUAAAAAUCCUUUAGAAUCCUUUGGGCCUUCCUUGUUGGAGGGGCAGGGAAUGAUGCUAGUUGAUAAUAGGAGUUUGUUAUAACAACAGUACUGCAUUGGAAACUAAGAAAACUUGACCGCUGCCACGCCUGCAGUUUGGGAAACUUUGUCUCUGAAGUUCUUUUAAAAAAACCCUGCCAUAAACUUCCAUCUCAGAUAUUGCUGUGGUUAUGUUUGCCUUAAAUUCAGUGGGAUGAUCCAGUUCUUAGCACCCAACAGGCCUUGCUCUAGAUCAGUGUAUUGAAAGCAACUUGUUCCACUUAAUAAAAGCAGGUGUUUAUUCUGUUCUCCCCAACAGAUAGCAGAUCCUUUGUGUCUUCUAGUGCCUCCUGUUUCCCUGCUGCCUGUGUUGUGAUUGAGGAAUGAAGCAAAAAUGGGUGUUUGUGGCACACAGCGGCAUGUAAAGUCCAGUUUUUCUCAGCCUAGCAGAGCAGCUGAAGGUAGCCUAGUAAGUUCUGGACUAUGCUGAGCGUUUUUUUGUAGAUACACUCUUAUUUCUUGCCAAAAAAAGUGUAUUUGUUAAACGGUGAAUGAUUUAAGAAACCAUGGCAUGGGUCUAACCAGAGUUUUGAAUGUAUUUAGACGUUCAAUGUUCUCUAUGACUUGUUGAAGACAGUACACAAAGUAGAGCUCAGUAGUCUGAUCUUCCAAGUGCUCUGAAGUGUUUUGGUGCUUGUUAAACAUAGGCCUUGUCUAUAGAAAAAAAAAUCAUACUGCUUUAACUUGAAUGAAUAAUGAAAGCUAUAUUAGCUUCUACACUUGAGGAAAAUGUUGUAUCAAUAUAAAGGUACUCUUCUAUUCCUUUUCCCUGUGGGAAUUUGUUACACCCGUGUCAAUACAAAGGUGGUAUAUAGCUCUUUUCACAGUGAGAACUGCAAAUAUUUAAUUGACUUGAAGGAAAAAUGACAUUCCCAGCCAAAAUACUUCCUGUCAGUGCAGAAAUUGUGUAAACAAGGCCUUAGUUUAAGGCUGGUCACAUGGCCACAUAUUUUGCUGUACAUAAUGAUUGUAUUUUUAAAGAUCCAAGCCUGUUCUGUUGCAAGCCAGCGUGUCUUUGAAACCCCAGUCUCUGUGAUUGUAACCGUGCAGUAUUCUCAACCUCAUUUGCAAUACCAGUGUGGUUCUUCUCGACACGAUGCUCAGGCUUUGUUGAUGCUUACGGUUCUGGAUGUUGAAUUCUGUGGCUGUGGGACUCCUGACGGUUCUGCUUCUCUCAAAAGAAUGUACGGCAAGUUUUGUGCAAAGGGCAUUUUAAAUAAAGGGCAGCUGGCUCUUUAUGACUUCUUCAUUUGGAUACUCAUUGCGUGCAGGUGUUGUUAAGCAUCACAUCUCCUUGAGCAGUGACAAAAUGCAGAAACUUCCGUUUUCUUUAAGAAUUGUAUGUGAACGGGAGUGGGGCCUUGUCCAAGUAUGUUCCCUUGGAUCUUCUCCCAUUCUUGUGAAUGGACACCGACCGUGACUGUACAUGGAAAAUGCCUGGGGCUGUGCUGCUGUUGGACACUCUCUCAUACAGGUUUGUAUAGCAGGCAACCCGGAUGCUCUGCUGUGUGGACCUUCACUCUGUCCUUGGCAAUUGGAGUGCCCAUUCUUGUCCUGGUGAGAACUGAGACUUGCUGUAGAAGCUGUGUUCAAAGCUGAAAUGUUUUAAAUAAUGAUCUUCAUAGCUUCUGGCCUGCACCUACCGUGUGUGCAGCCUCAUGCAAAAUGCAUGUAGCAAAAAGAUUCUCCUUCCUGUCACAUUGUUACAGCACCAUGUUCUAGAGUCUCAUUUCUGUAGGAAUCCAACAUCUGCCCAACUUCCAAACUCUUUAUUUGGAGCUGACAGCCAUUGGUAAAUGUGUGUGCAGAGCACGUGAGACUGGUUCAACAACAGAUUUUUGCUUCAAACACCUAAAGGUCUUCAAGAGAGUUACUGUGAUGAGAAACAGAGUGAAAGGGCAUUGCUGGGGCUGGGUGUGUGGGGUUCGGAUUUUCUUCUUGGUCUUGUGUUUUAAUCUGAGUAAACUAUGGGUUUGU